AUGAAUGUCGUUAGUAUUUUGCAAGAAGUCAGGAACAUAGAUGUAAAUCAAAUGCUCAAAGAUAUGAACGGAGGACAUCAUGUUCACCAGAGCUUUUGGUGGACGUAUGAAACACCGAGCGACGGAUCCAUUCCACUAGAAACGCUUUCUUACAUGCUCUACCUUUCCAUCACUUGCUUGAUCACGUGUGUAGUCAGUGUAGCUAGGGAUUGA